ACCUCCUGCCUCCCUCCCUCUUUCCCUCCCUCUCCUCCAGAAUUAAAGUUGGGACAGUCGCGCUCCGGGGAUGGGUGCGAGCCAACGCCUGUGCCGCCGGCUCGCUCUGCUCCGUCCCCAGAUCGCCCGGAGCCCGCGCCCUCGCCCGCCCGCCCAGGAGGGAUGCUGCUCCGGGAGCUGCUGGGACUGCUCCGCUGCUGCUGGCCCUCCCUGCUACUGCACUGUGCCCUCCACCCGCUCUGGGGCUCCGUCCAGAUCACUCAGGGUGAGCCCCAGAAGUCAUGCUCCAAGCCUGUAGCAGACGAAGUCCCAGAGAGCUGCCAGCAGAUCUGCCAGUGCAGGCCUCCACCACCACCACCACCACCACCUCCUCCUCCCCCGCCACCCCCCAGGCUGCUGGUGGUACCGGCUCCCAAAUCUACCUUCUGCCCCACUGAAGAGACCUGGUGGCCAGGCCUGGUUAUUAUCAUUGCAGUAUGCUGUGCCACACUAGUGUUCCUCUUUGUAGUUGUCAUCAUUUGCUACAAAGCCAUAAAAAGGACUCUUGAAAAUUAAUUCAUAAAUGGUGGAGAGGUCAUUAUGGAUUCUGAUGCAUCGUUUCAGCAUGUAUUGCAGAGUUAUCUUUCAUUCACAGUUGUUUUGCAUGAAGAGUGCAACAACUUGCUUGCUAAAGCACAAUGUGUAUCAAAUUACACUGCAAAGCAAUGCCACUUAGCCGGUUUCACCUGCCACCAAGUGCAUAUGUCAGGAAACCCAUGAGAAAAGAAGAGAACGGAACCAAUCGGGCUGAAUAUGCAAUGACCUCCUCCCAAAACAACAAAACAGUUGAUAACAAUGCUGUCGUAUAAUCCCUGAGACCCCACUGAGGCUCAGGAGGUGGUAAACUUUUAAAGCACAGCAUGGAGUAUGCAAGGUGGGUGAAAUAAGGCAACGAAAGGAGCUCUGUGGCCAAGGACUUCAUUUCAGAAAUAGCGCACGUAUCAGUGAUUCAGAAGAGAAAAGCAGGCUGCUCUUCAGGCUUGCUGCUUCUCCAAGGGAGGAUAAUCCCCUUCUCCAAGAGACGUAGAUCGAAGCUGCCCAGAGAAAAGGCAUCACAAAGCAUUGCAUGCUGCAUCUCGUGAAAGCAACAUCAUGGUGCCUCCUGUUUCUUCUUCCCCCUGUUCUUAGUCUGAAUAGAGUCCCACAGAAAGCUCCUUAAAUAGGGUCUUUUGAGGAAAAGGUAUCUGCUGGAGUGGCAGCAGCUUACUAUGAAUGAGUCUGAGGGUCAGUGGUGGAGCUGUCAUCCACAUGCUUCUCCUGCCUGAGCAGUGUUUUCAUCUAGGACCUAGCAGCUUUGUAUGCUUAUACUUCAUUCAUUCUUAUUAUUUCAUUACAAAAAAAAAAAAGGAAAAAAAUCUGUUAAGCCAUCAAGAAACCAAAAAUUGCAUGAAAUUGUGACUUAUCCCAGGAAAUUCGUCUGUGGUCUGGUGACUGUGCAAUUUCCAUGGCUGAAGACUUUUCAGGCAAAAGAAAAAAACAUUAAUUUAGCAAUUAGCUUUGCUAAUUAAA